AUGCUUUUCUUCGCCCAGUGCUUUGGGGCUGUGUUAGAUCUUAUUCACCUGCGGUUUCAGCACUACAAGGCAAAGAGGGUUUUCUCAGCUGCUGGGCAACUUGUCUGCGUCGUCAACCCAACGCACAGCCUGAAGUAUGCACCCACCCGCUGUGCAGCUGUGCAGGCGUCCGCGGAGCAAGGGGUCCUUCCUCCUUGCCACCACCACGAAGCAGUGCACGACCCCCAGCUGGUUCCCUGCACGUGCCCGCUCUUCUCUUGCCCGUGGGAAGGGCACCUGGAGGUGGUGGUGUCCCACCUGAGGCAGACGCACCGCAUCAACAUCCUUCAGGGGGCAGAGAUUGUCUUCCUGGCCACGGACAUGCACCUGCCCGCACCAACGGACUGGAUCAUCAUGCACUCUUGCCUAGGCCACCAGUUUCUGCUGGUCCUCAGGAAGCAGGAAAAGCAUGAGGGCCACCCCCAGUUCUUCGCCACCAUGAUGCUGAUCGGCACGCCCACCCAAGCCGACAACUUCACCUACCGUCUGGAGCUCAACAGGAACCAGAGGCGCCUGAAGUGGGAGGCCACCCCCAGGUCCGUGCUGGAGCGUGUUGACUCUGUCAUUUCGGACGGGGACUGCCUGGUGCUGAACACUUCCCUGGCUCAGCUCUUUUCCGACAACGGGAGUCUCGCAAUAGGAAUCGCAAUAACCACCAGCAACGUGCACAGCGCUGAAGCCGAGAUGUGAGGGGGAGGAAGAGGAGAAGCAGGAACAUUGGUGCUCUAACUGCCUUGUGAGAGCCAGAACUUGUGGACUUCUUUCUGGGGGGGGUCUCAGGUAUUUUAUGGUAUUUAGUACUUGUCCACAGUGGGCAUUAUGUAAACAUCCUGUGGUUACGGUCUCUGUGUGAUGUGUUUACUGUUUUGUUAAUACAAUUUUAUGAGAAA